ACAAAGAGCAAACACGACUUUAGUUAACAGAGCAAUUCGCCUCCAUUUCCCUUACUCCUCCAGGUCUGCUACUCAGCCGCUACAGACUGUCUGCUCAACUCUCUGCUCCCGUUUUCCUCCUUCUUUCAACCAUGGAAGUUGAUAAGCAUGCGAUCGAUGAUGUAGUUACAAUGGUUCUUGAUCUUGCUGAAACUGACCCUUUAUAUGAGAAAAAGAAGAAACUACUCAAGGAUAUGGGUUUUGAUUUGGAGAGCUCUGUAUACAUUAAAAGCUCGUCUACACCUGAUCAGCUGAAGGAUGUUUUAGAUGUAUUGCUUCGACGGGCAAGAAUUGUAAACUUCAAUGAGGUAGAACUUUAUUUUGGUCAAGAUACCAUUAAUCUGGGGAAUUGUAUUAGUCCAAAGAAUGAACUGGAAGCUCUCCAUUCAAUACUUGAAGUCAUUGAUAAGUCGCUAUCCGGUGAAAAGUACACAAUUAAAAGUAUACAGCAGAGAUUACGAGAUGAAAUUGUUGAAAGGAUUGAUAAAGUUGGAAGAAGAUUUAGCGAAGUGGCAAAAAUAGUUGGAGACUCCAGCUGUGAAAAGGAAAAGCGUCUAUUAGAUUGGGGCAUUAACAAUGGUGUAAAGGCAAAAUUGGAUAUAGCUUAUGUUGAAGGAGCAGGAAGAGGGGCCAUAGCUAACGAGGACCUAAAAGUUGGAGAUAUUGCUCUGGAGAUCCCUGUAUCUGUCAUCAUAUGUGAGGAUGUUUUGCAUGAAUCUGACAUGUUCCCUAUUUUUGAAAAAGUUGAUGGGAUAUCUGAGGAGACAAUGCUGCUGUUAUGGAGCAUGAAGGAGAAGCACAACAAUAAUUCCAAGUUCAAAUUGUAUUUCGAUACGCUACCUAAACAAUUUGACACGGGAUUGAGCUUUGGGAUUGAUGCUGUCAUGGCAUUAGAUGGAACCUUGCUGUUAGAGGAGAUUGUGCAGGCCAAAGAGCACCUACGUGCUCAAUAUGAUGAGUUAUUUCCUGCGUUGUCCAAUCAUAAUCCCGAUGUAUUUCCACCAGAAUUAUAUACGUGGGAGCAAUUCGUAUGGGCUUGUGAGCUCUGGUACUCAAAUAGCAUGAAGGUUAUCUUCAGUGAUGGAAAGCUAAGGACCUGCUUAAUUCCAAUUGCUGGCUUUCUCAAUCACUCGAUAUGCCCGCACAUAAUGAAAUAUGGCCGAAUAGACGCAUCUACAAAUUCUUUAAAGUUUCCGUUAUCAAGACCCUGCCAUUCAGGGGAACAAUGCUUUCUUAGUUACGGAAACUUCUCCAGUUCUCAUCUAUUAACUUUUUAUGGCUUCAUACCACGAGGCGACAAUCCCUAUGAUGUUAUUCCACUUGAUAUUGAUGUUGUUCAGGAUGAAGAUCCGGAAGUUGGACCAGCUGCAUCUGAAUGGAGCUCUCACAUGGUUCGUGGUACAUGGCUCUCCAAGAACCAUGAAAUUUUUCAUUAUGGAUUGCCACACCCGUUGCUGGAUCAUCUCCGUAGAGCUCGAAAUUCAGCUCCGCAGUCAAGUACCCCUACACGGGAACUCUUGGAAACUGACCUCGAUGUACUUACAGACCUAAGUUCAACUUUUGAAGCAAUGUUGGAGAACCUCGGUGAUGAAAAACUAGACAAUGGGGAACGGACCAGCUGGGAUGUUAAGCUUGCAAUAGAGUUCAAGAAUUUGCAAAGGAGGAUCGUCUCCUCAAUCUUAAGUUCAUGCAACACUGGCUGUGAGUUGCUAGAAUCUGAAUUAGGCAAAUACACAGUUUAGCACCCCCAUGAUCGGGUGACCUAACGUAGCCUAGUUCGUUGAGCUUUUUGUCAAGACAAAUGGUUGCUUGUGUUUAGCACCACCAUGAUCAGGUGACCUAACGUAGCUUUUUUGACGAGACAAAUGGUUGCUUGUGUCCUUUGAGUUUUAACCUGAAAAGGGAUCGGGAGAAAACUCGAAUCUUCUGUGACACCAUCGUCUAGCUUCAUGUGUUAGCAUCAUCGACACAACGGCUGCCGUUAAGUGAAUGAUAAUUCUUGUUUAUGUUAAAUUGAUGCUGCAGGUUGUGAUAGAA